AUGAUGAACCCGGAGAUGAUGCGGGUGGCGGAGGAGCAGAUGCGACGCAUACCCGCCGACGACCUCGCCAGGAUGCAGCGGCAGCUCAUGUCCAACCCGGACCUGCUAAAGCUCGCAACCGAGAGCAUGAAGAACAUGACGGCCGAGGACUUCAAGCUCGCCGCCGAGCGCCUGAACCACGCAAGGCCAGAGGAGAUGCUCGACAUGACCGAGAAAAUCGCCAAGGCCAAGCCCGAGGAGCUCGCCGCCAUGAAGGUGCAGGCCGACGCUGAGAUGUCACGCGCGAUAUCCGCCGCCAAGAUGCUGAAGCGGCAGGGGAACCAGUUCCAUGGCCGUGGGCAGUACGCCGACGCCGCCGCCAAGUACAAGCUCGCCAGGGACAGCGUGAAGAACAGCGUGCCGUCGGCGGGCGGGCGCGCCCUGCAGCUGCAGUGCAGCGUCAAUCUGAUGGCCUGUUACCUGAAGCUAGGCGAGUUUGAGGAGUGCGUCAACGAAGGCUCGGAGGUUCUAAGCUAUGACUCGGGCACUGCCAAGGCGUACUACCGAAGGGGUCAAGCGUACAAAGAGCUAGGGAACCUUCAGGCUGCUGUUGCUGACUUGAGUAAAGCCCGUGAGAUUUCUCCGGACGAUGAAACUGUCGCUCAAGCUCUGACAGAGGCGCAAGAAAAACUUGCGACGGAAGGGGGAACAACAAACCUGCCAAAGGGAGUUGUUAUUGAAGAAAUUUUAGAAGAAGAUAUUACUUCUCAUCUGUCAAGUGCUCAAACGAGUUCUUCUUCUACUGCUGCUGAGCAUACUGUUUCACAGCCACACGACGGAGCACGAAACUCGACACAAUCUGACUCUUCAGAAAGCUUGGUAAAUAUGUCUCAGGUUGCUUCUUCAUCAAGCGGAACAAUCCCUGUUGCUCCAAAUUUUGGUUCGAAUAUGCCGCCUGGCAUGGUUGGUAUGGCAGACCCUGCUAUGUGGGAGAUGUUUACCUCCAUGAUGGAGACCAUGAGUCCUGAUGAGAUGGCAAACAUGAGCGGGCUGCUCGGUAUCGAGAUGUCCAAGGAGGAUGCUGCCAACGCUCAACAGUCUAUGUCUUCAUUCUCUUCACAAGAUUUAGAGAAAAUGAUGAAAUGGAUUGGCAGAGCACAGCGAGGAGUCGAAGCGGCAAAGAAGACGAAGGACUGGCUCCUAGGCAGGAAAGGCUUCAUCUUCGCUAUUGUCAUGCUCAUCUUGGCGUUCAUCCUCCAUCGACUUGGGUUCAUCGGGUAG